AAAUAAUUUUGUGAAUGAUAUGUAAGGUGAUUACUUACAUGUACUAAGGAUCUUCUUCACUUCUAGUAGAAGUGAGACUAGCAUCUCCAACAAUUUUUGUCCCCACCCUAACCUCUUUCUCUCUCUUAAUUAUGAAGUUGGUGAAAACUUAUGGCUCCCGUCUUCAUCCAUCGUUAGGCAACUCCAUUAGAAACAGGGGUCCCACAACAAACUUUUCCCUGCAUUGUCCUGAUUCUGUGAACUUUUUUAUCUCCUAAAACCCUCUGAUCAUCUGCCAAAUCCUACAAUUUUCAACCUCAAACACAAACUCAAGUUUGUUUUAAAAAGCCUAAAGCAAAUCUGAUGGCUUCAUUUGCUUCAGAAAGCUCCGAAUCACGGAUCAAGUUGCAGCAAAAAAGCAUGCUUAGCUUUUCUCUAACACAAAGCAGAAGAAACAAAACAAGACAACAGAAUGGAGUCCAAGUCUUAGUGGAAAGGUUUUUUGAAAAGAUCUGCAGAGAGCAGUACAUUUAAUGGUGUUUCUGCAGAUGGGGUUUAUGAGAUAAUGACUGGGGAAAAAAAAGAGUGAAUCAGAAGAAAAGUAAGGAAGGUCAAUUUACAUACCCAAAAACAAACAACUGCCAGGCUCAGAGAGGUGCCUUGGAGUAGCAUUAAAGACUGUAUUUUUCUUCUUCUUCUUCUUUCUCCUCCUCUCUGCAAUCGAAUCUUCCUGCACUCCCAGACAUUAGGUUUCAAUGAUGUGAAAAAGAACAGAGCUUUUAGAAAUUCUCAUUUGGGUUUUGAUGAAUCUUGGUUGAAGAGAAAUGGGUUGUGUUUUGAACUGCGUUUUCAUGAUUGUUAUCUUCAUGUCGAUGCCUUUUCCAUCUCAUAACUCCCACAUUUUGAUUGCUAAUUCACUGUUGAAUGCAGCAGAGAGCUUCAAUGUUAAAGAGCUUGAGAGAGUUUCAGGGGAAGAUGAGAGUGGAGGAAAUGAACCUUUUAUUCUGGAGAGAGUCAGAGCUCUACUUGGACUCAAGAGCUUACGAUUGGGAAAUCAAACCCCAUCAGAUCUUUCGCUUUCGCCGUCGCCAUCGCCUUCCUCGUCCCCGGCCGCCAUUGCUCCAUCUCCUGCUCCUGUUGCAUCACAUGGAGUGCACAUUCAUGAACAUUCCCACCCUCAUCAGCUUCGCCUGCACAAGAGCCAACCAGUUUACAAGCCUAAAAGAGAAGAUGGAGGAGAAGGCAGAGUCAGAAGAAUUCUUGUUGCAGUUCUUGUAUCUGCAGGAGCCACCAUUUUGAUAUGCUCUAUUGCUGCCUUCUGGGUCUGCAAGAAAUUCAAUAGCCAGAGAGAUGAACCCACUGAGAAACUUUCUGUAAAGAAUGAAACAGGAGAGAAGGCAACAAGACCAAAAUCUGGCCUUGAUCUGUUCGAUCUCAGUUUACGUGGAAGGGAUGUUGAAGAACAGACGCAAACUUCUGAAAGUGAAAAAGGGUUAUCAGUUCACAAAGAAGGGGAGAGGGGCCAAGAGAUGCUGGAUUCAGAAUUUGAAAAUGUAAGUGUUUCUUCAACCAAGGAAAUGGGGUAUGUUCAUGGGGAAGAUGAUGGGAAGUCAAUACAAUGUGAAUCUGAUGGAGCUGAUUCUUCUUCUGGGGAGAGGGUUACUCCUGUUAAAUCUUGUUCUUCGGGUGAUGAUGAAUCAUUCCAUUCUUGUGGUGAUUCGAAUUUGUCAAAUCUUCGCCUUUCGAAUGCUUCGGAAUCUUCUUCUGCUAAUGUGAUAACAACAAACACUACUUGUUCAGUGCCGACUGUGAACUUAUCAAAUAAAUUGGAAACCCAAUUUGAUGAAUCUAACAAACCAUUAACUUCUGAUCAGUUGCAUUUUACCCUUUCUCCUUGUAGUUCAGAACCCAAAGUGCAGAUGGUUUCACAGUCUGCAGGUUUUCAAAAGAAUAUCCCAUCUCUAUCUCCGCCUCCACCGCCGCCGCCUCCUCCACCUCCACCUCCACUCACCGAUCGCAGUUCCUUCUCCCUCUCUUCACCCUUUUCAACUGGAUCUACCUCCUCCUCUGCAUUGUUAAGAUCAUCAUCUCCUGCAAUGUCAGAUUCUUCUUCAGCACUAUCUCAAACACCAUGGAAUGAUCUGCCAUCGCCUCAAAAUGGUACUAAACCUUCACAAUCAUCAUCAACUAUUCCUCCACCCCCUUGCCCACCACCAAGUUUAAGAACAAACUCUUACUCUUUCAAAACUCCACCUCCUCCUCCUUCCAAGCUCCCUCAAUUCAUGGCAUUUGGAAAAGAUGAAAAUUUGCGGCCGAAACUGAAGCCUCUCCAUUGGGACAAAGUAAGAGCUGCACCAGAUCGAUCAAUGGUAUGGGACAAACUAAGAUGGAGUUCAUUUGAGCUAGAUGAAGAAAUGAUUGAGUCACUAUUUGGAUACAACCAACAAGAUCCAAUGAAAAAUGGUGAUACUAGCAACAAAAGCCCCUCUCCAAGCAAGCAUAUACUCGAGGCAAAGAGACUUCAGAACCUAACCAUACUCCUAAAAGCCCUGAAUCUAUCAGCAGAACAAGUUUGUGAAGCAAUAGAACAAGGGAUUGGGUUGCGCUUAAGACAACUUGAAGCACUAGUAAAGAUGGUACCAACACAGGAAGAAGAGGCCAAAUUGUUAAGCUAUGAAGGGGACAUCAGUGAAUUGGGGUGUACAGAGAAAUUUGUCAUAGCAAUUCUGAGAAUACCAUUUGCCUUCCAACGAGUAGAAGCCAUGCUUUACAGAGAAACUUUUGAAGAUGAAGUGAAUCAUCUCCGGAAUUCGUUUUCAAUGCUAGAGGAGGCCUGCAAGGAACUAAGAUCCAGCAGACUGUUCUUGAAAUUACUGGAAGCCGUGCUGAAAACAGGGAACCGAAUGAACGUCGGCACAAGCAGAGGAGGAGCCAGAGCAUUCAAAUUAGACGCGCUCCUCAAGCUCUCCGACGUCAAAGGAACCGACGGCAAAACCUCCCUACUCCACUUCGUGGUCCAAGAAAUGAUCCGAUCAGAAGGAAUCAGAGUAUCCGGAAGCAUAAUGGGGAAAAUCAGCCAGAAGAACAAAUCCAGAACAAUGGAAGAAAGGGAAGAGGAUUACCGAAGAAUGGGGCUGGAUCUGGUGUCCGGCCUGAGCACCGAACUGUACAACGUGAAGCGAGCGGCGACGAUCGAUCUGAACGUCCUGGCGAGCUCCACCGCGUAUCUGAACGAGGGAAUCGCGAAACUGCAGCAACUGGUGAGCAACGACUUACGCGUGGAUGAAAGGAGCCGGAAUUUCGUCGCCGCCAUGAAAGGGUUCUUGAAUUACGUGAAGAAGGCGAUGGAGGAGGUGCGGAGGGACGAAGAACGAGUGCGAUCGUGCGUGAGAGAGAUCACAGAAUACUUCCAUGGAAAUGUGAGCAAAGAGGAGACGAAUCCGCUCCGGAUUUUCGUGAUUGUGAGAGAUUUUUUGGGGAUGUUGGAUAAUGUUUGUAAGAGCUUCAAGAUUGGAAGUUGAAGAUUUUGAACGAUCUUGGCGGGCUGCACCCAACGCUCAGUAACAAUUCAAAUUUUUUAUUUUUAUUUUUA